AUGCGCGCGACGCCGCGCGCGCGCGGGGCGUCGAAGCGCGACGACGCGGACGCGCGACGCUCGACGCGCGCGACGCGCGCGCGGCGUUUGGUGGUUUUCCGACGCGGCGCGUACAAAGGUUUAAAGGAAAAACCGCCGUUUCGCACGACGUGGGACGUGCCCUGCGAGCGCCUGGACGUCAAGCUCGGACACCGCGACGGGACGGCGUCGCGGUUCGGGUCGAUCGUCACCGUGUCGUGCGACGUCGAGCCCGUGGGGGCGCACGGCUUUUUUCUCGCCGCCGCGAUUCGCGGCGCCGUCGACUGCGCGUGCGCGUCGUGCGGCGUCGUCUUCGCGCACGCGCUUCCGGAACACCGCGACGACGGCGACGACGACGAUGACGUCGUCGUCGUCGACGCGCCGUGCGCGUUCACCGCUUGGCUCGAUCCAGAUUUCGUCUCCACCGCGGACGGCGCGUCGAGCGCGAGCGGCGACGCCGAGGUGUUCCCGUUCCCUCCCUCUCGCGACGCCGUCGAUCUCACCGAUCUCGUCGUCGACACGAUCGACGCCUUCGGCGUGCCCGACGAGUGCGUGUGCGACGCCUGUCGCGCCGCCGAACCGCGCGCGUGGUCCACCGAGCGCGCGAUGUAA